AUGAGAAGAUGUGGAACCGGCAAAUGGAUUCUUGAAAUGAGCCGUGACUAUCAAAAUUCUACUUUUAUCGGUUUAGAUAUUUCACCAAUAUUUCCUGACCCUUCAGAAACACCUCCAAACGUUGCAUUUUUACAGUGCAACGUCAAUGAUGGCAUUCCUUUUCCUGAUAACACAUUUGACUUCGUUUUUCAACGUUUAUUCUCAAAAUACGUAACUGCUGAGCAGUGGAAAGAUGUUGCACGAGAAAUGGUGAGAGUGACAAAGCCAGGAGGGUGGAUCGAAUUUUUUGAAGAUGAUAUUGAAUAUGAAGAAAUUGACCAUUUUGGUUUGCAAAUUUUGAAUGCAAGUAU